GAGCAGGAGGAGGUGAACAGAGGGAUGAAGAUGGAGGACGAAGAGGAAGACAGACUGGACGAGCAGAUAAGAAAUGACUCAGAGCGUUCAGCCGAGUCAUCCAGCCCGCGGCCUGGUAACCAUGACGACCCCGGCCGCUCGGCGAUGAGGAAGGACGACGGUGAAGGACACGAGGACGAAGACGUCGGCGGUUUGAUAAACUCUGAUGGAGAGGAAGAGGAGUGGAGGGCCCCCCCCACAGACUCGGCGAGCGGCUCGGCGACGCCGGCUGACGGGGGUGGUGACGGGCGUGGCGAUGGGCGUGGUGAUGGGCGUGGCGAGGGGCGUGGCGAUGGCGAGGGGAAAGGGAAACACUUCUGUCCCGUGUGCGGCCGCGACUGCUUCAAAGCCUCGUCGCUGCAGAAGCACCUGAGGACUCACUCCGGCGAGCGCCCGUUCCAGUGCCCGACCUGUAGGCGGAGCUUCACGCAGCAGGUGCACGUGACGGAGCACCUGAGGACGCACACCGGGGAGAAGCCCUUCACCUGCUCCGCCUGCGGCAAGAGCUUCACCUUCUCCAGCGCCCUGCGCCGCCACCAGCGGCUGCACGCCGACGCCCGGCCGCACCAGUGCUCCGUCUGCCAGAAGAGCUUCAAGCAGCGCUGCUCUCUGAAGACACACCUGCUGACCCACUCGGGGGUCCGCUACCAGUGCCCGCUCUGCAGCAAGAGCUUCAGCCGCGCCCUGGAGCUCAGCUACCACGUGGACACGCACUCCGCCGCUCGGCCGUACUUCUGUGACCUCUGCAAGAAGAACCUGAGCGGAGCCAGGAUCUACCGCAAGCACAUGAAGAAGCACGAGUCACAGACCUCACCACAGACUUCACCAGGAGGAGGAGCUCUGGAAGUGGGCGGAGCCUCAGAGACUCCUUAGGAUCGAUCUGGUGGUUUUUGUCGGUUCCUCCUGAAACCGGAGCACCGUUUGUUUUCUGAAACACUGAAGUCUUGUUCCUCGAGGUUAGGGUUGGUAGCGAACACAGAGUUGAGCUGAAGCUUCGGUUUGAUGUUUGAAACUCGAGGUGAACGAACUCUGAACCCGUCCUGCAAAUAAACUGCUUUUACAUUUCUGUUCCUGGUGAAUAAACCAGAGACAGAACGUUCUUCAGUGACCUUUAAAUGUGUCGGGAGCUUUUCAUUUGCCUUCAUGCUAAGCUAGGCUAACGCUAGGCUAACGUUAUCCUGACACAUCGAUCUGAUUCUCCCACUCUGAACUGAUCUCUGAUUGGUCGAUAGUUUCUACUGCAUUGCUUGUUUUUCCCACACACUGUAAAUAAAGAUGGACGUCAUGAGAACUCGUGGAAGUGACACUAGGCCAUCGCCAUCGCCCCCUGGUGUCCGGCUGCAGUACAAGCCAUAAACCCCUCCUCCUCCAUGUUAGCAGGUGGGACGUGGACCAAACAGAAAAACAAAGAAGACGUUAAAUAAAUGUUUGUAAAGUUU